UUGGGUCCCAUACAGAUCUUAUCAGUACACAGAGAGAGAACUAUAAGAAGAAAGACGACAAGAUGAAAACGUGAAUCCAAUUCAGUCUCCAAUUGGAUGGUGGAAAGCCUUUGUUUGACACCACGGACGAACUCUUGCAAUUAAUAAUUUAAUACCUUAAAUUCACUUAUCAUAGGAGAAAGAAAAAGAAACCCGAAAAGAUGAGCGAAACAGCACCUAAUCGGGGGCUGCACUUCGUUCUAGUGCACGGCCUAGGCCAUGGAGCCUGGUGCUGGUACAAGGUCCGGUCUCUCAUGGAGACAUCGGGCAACCGGGUUACUUGCCUCGAUCUUAAAGGUGCCGGUAUUCAUCCUUCUCAUGCCAAUACUGUUCUCACUCUGCACGACUAUGAUCAGCCGCUUGCUGAUUUUUUAUCCAAAUUGCCCCAAGAUGAAAAGGUGAUAUUGGUGGGACAUAGUUCAGGAGGUUUGAGCCUGACGGACGCAAUUCACAGGUUCGCUCCCAAAAUUCAUAUGGCCAUCUACGUCGCAGCCUGCAUGUUACAGCAUGGUCUCUCUACGGAUCAAGAUAUCAAAGAUGGUCGUCCAGAUUUACCAAAUUAUGUUUAUGAAAAAGAAUACAAGUUAGGCACCAAUCAGCCUCCGACUGGUAUCAUAAUGAAGGAGCAAUUCCAACGCCAACUUAUGUAUAAUCUGAGCCCUAAAGAGGACGCCAUCUUAGCAUCAAUGCUGCUGCGGCCGGGACCAAUGCAAGCAGUAGGAGGAGCUCGUUUUGUAGGUGGACCAGAUGUUGAUAGAGUGCCGCGCGUAUACAUCAAGACAAUGCAGGAUCGAGUUCUGAAGCCAGAACAACAAGAUGCUAUGAUCAAAAGAUGGCCUCCAUCCAAAGUCUUCGCUUUGGAGAGUGAUCACAGCCCCUUUUUCUCCACUCCCUCGGAGCUUGUUGCCUUUCUAGUUGAAGCAACAUCUUCCAUUAAAUGCACUUUGGAUUGUGUUUAGCAUAAUUUCGUAAUCAAAAGAUAAUCAAACAUCAUUCAAAACAACUUGUUCCUUGUCA